AUGGGUAUUGGUUGGAUUGAUGCAAAUGGAAGACUGCAUUUUGAGGAUCGAUAUGCUGUUGGUUUUACACAACCAGUCAAAGAUUCAACAACACAAGAUUGGUUUGGCUUGGAAGGUCGAGAGGAAAAUAGUUGGACGGCUAUACAAUUCAAACGUGCAUUGGAUACAAAAGACUCCCUGGAUAAUCCCAUCGAACCAGGAAUGAAUGUUCUUCUAUUUGCCUACGGACUCGUCGAUCCGAAUCCUGACAUAACAUAUCAUGAAAGCCGUCGCAUCACGCGCAGACUUCCUUUGUGGAAGGCUUAA